UUCUUUUUUCAGAAUCUUCUGCCAAACCAUCACAUUCAUAAGGUUUCCCUGUUUUACCCUCUCCAACAGGCAGUGAGUUGUGCUGCGCUCUGAUAAUUCCAUACUCAACCUGUUCCUCAUUUCUUAAAGGUUCACUUCAGCCUUGAAUCAGCAGGUCCCUAGGUUUGAUUUUUUAGGAUGCCAUUCCUGUAAGAUUUUCCCCUGUGAAGACCUGAGUAUGUCCAGUUUGACCUCCAGGAUAAUGAAGGGAGAGGAGCUCCCGUUGAUUCAAGAGUGAAGCAAGGCCUCCAUUCUUGGCCUGGGGCUGUUUCAAAUGGGGAGGGAUCAGUGUCCUGACUUCUCUCUCUCAGAGGCAGGGUUCCUGGACGAGGUGACCCAGGACAGCUUCGUGCUGGGCCCGGGCUACGACCGCCCCUACCAGCUGGAGCCCGCGGUGAGGGAGCCCAAGAGCAUCCAGCUGUACCAGCACCUCAGCCUCAAGAGCUGCAUCUGGACCUUCGACGCUUAUUAUGACAUGACCGAGUUAAUUGAUGUCUGUGGGGGCUCUGUCACCGCUGACUUCCAGGAAACAAGGGAAGAUAGCAUCAAGCUUUGAAAGAUGAAGAUCAUUCUGGAGCUUUCAAUGACUACCCAUUAUAUUUCUGAAUAUUAAAAAUAUGCUGGAAAAAGAAGAAUUUAAAAGUAAAUUUGGACCCUUCAGAAGCAUCCUACUACAAUAUUAUUAGGUUAGUAUAUAAAGCCUUUUGAGAAUAAAUACAGGUUUAAAUAAAUAAUGCAAGAGAAGCUCAGAUAACACAACUUCAGUAGGAGAAAAGCACAAUUUUAAAAACAUAAUUUAAACUUUCAUUUUUCAUAUCUCCAUACCAAUUUCAUUUAACAUAGAAAAAACUCUUCCUAAUGGAAGUAUUUUAUGUCACAAGAAAAUACCACAUUCAGAUAUAUAGAUUAUCAAAACUGAACUCUAAAACAAACCAAGAUCUUAGUGGUUUAGAUCUUUCAAGUAAGUGGAAAAACUCCCCACAAAAGUUCCUGCCAAAAUAUUUGCAGACAGAUUCUCAUAACUUGUAUCAAUCAUAAAUAGUUCAAAUUGAUAGGGAACCGGCACUUUCUUCCUUAUGAAUUUACUUAAGAAACAGAUUGGGUAAGAAGAGGGGACAACUCAAGCAAUAUAGGCAAACAACUUUCUGUCAAAACAUUAGUUCUGAAUCAGGCUGCUGCUUGUUAUCACAUGUUAUUGAACAGAAUACCAUCAAAUUCAGUGAUUUAGAAUUAAGAUUUGUUACCACUAGUUCACUGGUCAUUUAAUUGUGAAAGCGGCUUGGUUGCUUUUUUUCUUAUAAACUGUGAGCCUGCAAAUUUACCUCCCUAAAUAAAUUCAACUAAAGAAUGUACUCAUUAAAUAAGAUACAGCUCUUCUGUGGAGGCCGGGGAACCGGUCAAUUCAGAGAUUCUGGCUCUCCCCCGGAGAGCUUCUCCCUUGGCCAGACACUUUACCUCAUGCAGAGAAAAAGUGUCACUCCCAGAGGCCUCUGAGUUGAACACGUUAAUUUGUUACACCCCACUGGUUUCCCUCCCUAUCAAUCCACCCCGAUACAUGUAUCCAAGUUUCCCCCGCCCCUCUCCUUCCCUAAAAAUAUCCCGGUUUUUCCCCUGUUUGGGGAGCUGCUGUCACUGGCUCCCUUCACUGAGGGCCCUGCUAUAAUAAAGGCUGUUUCUCAGUGGAAUGCCAUACAGCUCUCUAGUCUCUCUCUCCGCGUUGCCUGCACACUGCAGCUGAGCUGAGAUCACUCGCGGGGCAGAGGACGUGCCCGUGCCCCUGGGCAGUCCUUUCCAGGACGGCUUCUUCAGGGUAGUCACGGCACCCCUGCCAUCGACCCCGCCACGGCACUCUUCCUUCAUUAUACUAGUUCAGACGUCCUUUUUCAGUGACUACAAAAUCAGGGAUCCUGCCUCUGGCAUUCAAGCUUAAGUGCACACCAGCACAGAGCUGAGUACAAUUCAAGUACUUGACCAGUUUAAUAACCUUGCCAAAGUGGCAGACAUGCUUAAAGUUUUAAUACAAACCUUAGCAGUAAAUCAAUAUUAAUGGCUAGAUACCUUAGAAAGGGGGAAACCCAAGCCAGUAAAUGAGCAUGAGAGCAAUGAGAAAGGAGGGAUCGAAUUCCCAGCACUGUGCCACGGCUGCCACUACGCAGUCACCACCUGCUGCAGUGACCACAGGACCAUGGGGAGCCUUCCCUGGCCAAAGAUCUUGGAAGAAUAAAUGACAUGGGCUUGUUUAUUUAAAAGAGAAGGUAUGAAGAAUUAUAGUAAUAUACUAUCAGCUAGGAA